ACACCCAAUCGCAACGCAGAAUCACCGAGCCACUGCUUGCAAACACGGAAAUCUAUCCGGUAAAGAAGCCAGUUGCGUUUUUUUUUUAAUUCUGCUUUUCGAGACUUUUAAAAGUCGAAGAGCAUACAUUGUAGUCUCCAUACCUAACAUAUGUAUUUUUUAUUUUAAAUCCUUUUUAUGGAUUUGCUGUAUCUUUUAUCAUGGGCGUGCAUCGUGUUCACACUCGGGAUGUUCUCGACUGGUCUGGUCGAUCUAAAGAAAAUGCAAACAUCCAAGAGCACCGACAACAUUCAAUUUCUGCCUUUCCUCACCACAUGUGCCAAUAACCUCGGAUGGUUCUAUUAUGGGAUGCUGAAGACAGACCAAACACUUAUUGUGGUCAAUCUCAUCGGGGCUUUACUGCAGGCCCUCUACAUCCUGGUUUACUUCAAGUACACAAAACAAAAGAGAAAGAUCCUAUUCCAAAUAGUUGCCAUCGGAGCAGUGGUGACCAGCGCCGGGAUGUACUUCAUGUUGUUUCUUCCUCCAGGUGACAUUCAGCUCAACCAGCUGGGACUCGUUUGCAGCGUGGCCACUGUGGGCGUGUACUUGUCCCCGCUCGUGGACCUGAUGGCCAUCGUGCAGAGUGGCGACGUGCAGUGCUUGUCCUUCCCUCUGACGGUGGCCACUUUCCUCACUUCCACUUCCUGGUUCUUCUACGGCCUCCAGCUGAAUGACUACUACAUCCUGGUUCCGAACCUUCCCGGAAUCCUCACUAGCGUCAUCAGAUUUUACUUGUUUUGGAGAUUUGCCCACGUCAGCCCUCCCUAUAAAUCCAUGCGGAUAUGACCACGAUAUGUACAGUAAUGGACGUUGCACGAAGAGAAAGCACCGCCACGCGGCAGGUUGGCAAUAAUGUCUACAUUCCACAAAGUUACACGAAAAGUAUACAAAGAUUGUUUGUUUUUCAAGGAUGUAUUCAAAAAUUACUUUGGAGAAGAAAAACUAAAUCUGGGUUUCGGUUUAAUUUGUCCCCUUCAAGUGCCUUGUGUUGGAUACGAGUGAGUAUUAAAGGGACACACUGAAGAGAAGGUAGUAAACAGAAAAGAAAUCAAAAAGUCGUUUUUUAAGGGGAGAAAUAUGGUAUCGUAUUAAAAACACCGUCUUAUAUUCGGGCCAAUAAGGUAAUUCAGGCAUACAAGAUUUGCUGAGAAAUAGGUUCUUAUUUUCAUCCCAUGGUUCAGUCUUUCUCCUCUCUUUACUCUGCUUCCAAAGAUGCAAGGCUUUCUCAAAGUCAACUUAUUAUCGCCCCCCCAAAAAAACUAUCCAACUUUAGCUGCUUCCUCUGUGAUAUCUCAGCAAUAAACUUUCGCAACACUUGUUUUAACGUUACACAACUUGGCAAUCGUCUGCUUCCCGCGAGGUGAAGCCCGAUUUUGCCAAUCUCGUUUUGCGAGAACGGCAAUCUUGUCACGCGAGAUUACUUAACGAGUGAUCAAAACAACAAUGGCGGUGAUGGGCAUCCUGCGUUCGUUGCUGGAACAAAAAAAGAUUUACCACAGUUUUUUUUUUUUUUAUGUUUUGACUGAGAAAUUUCCUUGCAUCACAAAAAUGCACAUUAUUUGGAACUGUGCGUCCCGCGGGAAAAUUCUGCGUCUAGGAUGCGGGACGCAGAGGUAACGAGAUGGCUGGACCCAUUUAUUGAUACUGUGCCUCCAAAUACGGUGCCCCGAAUGGUACGAAAAAUAUGGUAUGGAGUCCCCCCCCCCCCCCCCCCCCGAAACACAGGGAGAGCUCAUUGAAAGACAAUCUGACGUGUAUUAAGAUUUAACAUUUAAAAAACAUAAUAAAGACUUCUAUAAGGAAAUUGUUAUUCUUGUUUAGAUUAGUUAUUUUCUCACCCCCCAAAAUACCAAACUUUUAUUUCCUCCAGAAUCACUAUGUUGAACAUUUAGUGGGGUUUUUUUUCCUUUUAGUUACUUUAUUCUCGUAAGAGUGCAACUUUUUGUUUUGAGAAAAUUCAAUUUUAUUCCCCCCUCCCCCAGAAAAAAGCUUUUAGCAUAAUGUUAGCACAUUUUCUCAAAACAUUGUUUGGUUUCCGUGGUAUAAGUUUUCUUUUUCGGGUGUUUCCACUCCUCCUUCGCAGUUGUUGCUCUGAAGAAAAGGACAUUUGCUGAGCCACCAACAUUGUGAAAUGUUCAAUUCGAACGCGUUGACUUGGAUUGUGUUGUUUUGUACAAUCCAAAGAGGAGGUUGUUUAUAAGCUGCUAUUUUGAAUAGAGUGUACUCGUAACGGGCAUUUCCUCUCUACCGUCUUCUAAUGGGAAAAUACUUUUCUAUUCUGUUAACUUUUGUGCCUGUCUAUAUUAGAUAACAUAUCACUGUAUAUCAGUGGCAGUACGUUAUGCUGACUGUGCCAAUUUUUUUUUUGCAAGCUUUUUAAAUAAGUUUUUUUUUAUAAGUGCAAAUGGACCUUUGAAUGAUUGGAGGCUGUUUUAUGUCAAUGAAGGAUGACAAAGUGCCAAAUGUUUUUUUUUCCUUCAAUGUAACCCAACCAUCUAUGCCGCUGGUGUCAAACUCAAGGCAUCGGGGCCAGAUCUGGCGCGCCAGGUCAUUUUAUGUGGCCCGCAAAAGCAAAAUCACCUGUGUCAACUUCCUAAAAUCUGUACCGAAAUGUCAAAUAACGUUGAAAUUUGUGCAAUAAUUUGGUUACCGUAUUAACACUCAUUUGAACAGUAAUUUUUUCGUCAUUCAUUAUAUUAAACAAACUAUUAUAAUUGA